CACGAUCCGGGCGGAGAAUGUCCCGGAGCUGCUGGCCGGAGUGAACUGCACGUUUGAGGGCGCGGCCGAGACGCCAGGAGAGGUCUACGGCUCCCGCGUGCGCUGCCUGUCGCCCUCGGCACGCGACGUCGCGCACCUCCUGCGCAACGUCACGGGAGAUCGCCGCGUCAUGAGACUCGGACUCAAAUCUCUGGGGACCGGAGUGCCGUUUGCCAGCACCAGCCUCAUCUUCUACAACUGCAGCAAGCAUGUGUCCUGCCUGGCGUGCGUGAGCAGCUCCUUCCCGUGCCACUGGUGCAAGUUCCGCCACGUGUGCACGGACCACCCGGGCAGCUGCUCCUUCCUCGAGGGCAGAGUGAACGUCUCCGAGGAGUGCCCGCAGCUGCUGGCGCCCUCCGCGGACGUGCUCAUCCCGGCCGGCGUGGUGCGGCACGUGACGCUGGCGGCGCGGAACCUGCCCCAGCCGCAGUCGGGCCAGCGCGGCUACGAGUGCGUGCUGACGCUGGGCGGGCGCGAGGAGCGCGUGCCGGCGCUGCGCUUCAACAGCUCCAGCGUGCAGUGCCAGGAGAUCGCGUAUGCGUACGACGAGGACGUGGGUGACGUUCUCGUCGACUUCUCCGUCGUUUGGAAUGGAGAUUUCGUCAUCGACAACCCGGCCGACAUCAAGGUGCACCUGUACAAGUGCUCGGCCGCGCGCGACAGCUGCGGCCUGUGCCUGAAGGCCGACGCACGCUUCGAGUGCGGCUGGUGCAAGGGCGAGGAGCGCUGCACCCUACGCCGGCACUGCGCCGCGCCCGACCUGCACUGGCUGCACCGUGGCAUGCCCCUCGCGCGCUGCGCCCACCCGCGCAUCACCGAGGUGAGCCCUCUGACAGGGCCGCGCGAGGGCGGCACGCUGGUGACGAUCCGUGGGGAGAACCUGGGCCUGAGCUUCUCGGAGAUCGGCCGCCACGGCAUGGUGAUGGUGGCAGGGGUGGCCUGCCAGCCGCUGCGGGACCUCUACAUCCCCGCAGAGCAGAUCGUGUGCCGGAUGGCACGCGCCGACGGGCGGCACCAGGUUCGCGGGCACGCGCACAUCUGCGUGGAGGAGUGCGUGGCGCAGUACAUGGCUCUGUCCAAGCAGGUCUACACCUUCGUGCAACCCGCGGUGCGCACGGUGGCGCCGGCGCGCGGCCCCGUGUCGGGCGGCACGCGCGUCUCCCUCCACGGAGUGCACCUGGACGCUGGCAGCGCGGUGCGGGUGGCGCUGGGCAACGAGAGCUGCGUGCUGCGCAGUCGGAGUGCGGGCGAGAUCGUGUGCACGUCCGCGUGGGCGCCCCGCGGGCCCGACUUCGUCGCCGUCUCCGUGUCUCUGGACGGCGCCGAGCUGAGCAGCGCCCUCCGCUACGAGUACACCGAGGACCCCGUCGUGACGCGCAUCGAGCCCGAGUGGACCAUCACGCAUGGAGGAACGCUGCUCACGGUCACGGGCAGUAACUUGGGCACGGUCCAGGAGCCCAAGAUGAGGGCCAAGUACAAGGGGGUGGAGAGCGUCGACACUUGCACCGUGUUCAACGAGACGACGCUCAUUUGCCGUGCCCCGGGCAUCGAGUUCAACAGCCCUGGUCCCCUGCCAGCGGAGACCGGUGAUGGAAGCUCGUCGUCAUCGUCGUCAGCAUCGUCGUCUUCGUCGGCUGCGUCGCUACCCAUGCUGGCGCCCGUGCGCCCCGACGAGCUGGGGUUCAUCUUCGACGACGUGCGCUCGCUGCUCAUCUUCAACGCUUCCGAGUUCUACUACCACGCCAGCCCCACCUUCGAACCGCUGGGUCACGACCCCCUGGACAUCAAGCCCGGCUCGCCCAUCAUCCUCAAGGGCCGGAACUUGAUGCCGGGCCCAGCCGGGGGGCGGCUGAACUACACGGUGCUCAUGGGGGACGCGGCAUGCGCCGUCACCGUGUCCGACACCCAGCUACUGUGCGAGUGCCCGGCCCUGUCGGGCCACCACAUGUUGACUGUGCGCGUGGGCUCGCUGGAGCAGGCGGUGGGGCGCGUGGGGCUGGUGCACGACAGCCUGCUCACGCUGCCUGCCAUCGUGGGGCUGGCGGCGGGCGGCGGGCUGCUGCUGCUGGUCGUGGUGGGCGUGCUCGUGGCGUACAAGCGCAAGUCGCGCGAGAGCGACCUCACGCUCAAGCGCCUGCAGCUGCAGAUGGACAACCUGGAGUCGCGCGUGGCGCUCGAGUGCAAGGAGGCGUUUGCGGAGCUGCAGACCGACAUCAACGAGCUGACGAGUGACGUGGACGGCGCGGGGAUCCCCUUCCUGGACUACCGCACGUACGCGCUGCGCGUGCUCUUCCCCGGCAUCGACAACCACCCAGUGCUCACCGUGCUCGAGGUGCCCGGCAAUCGGCACGAGUGCGUGGAGAAGGGGCUGCGGCACUUCGGCACGCUGCUGGGCAGCAAGGUGUUCCUGCUGGCGUUCGUGCGCACGCUUGAGUCUCAGCGCGCAUUCUCGAUGCGCGAUCGCGGCAACGUGGCGUCGCUCGUCGCCACGGCGUUGCAAGGCAAGAUGGAGUACGCGACCGACGUGCUCAAGCAGCUACUCUCCGACCUCAUCACACGCAACAUCGAGAGCCGCAACCACCCCAAGCUGCUUCUGCGAAGGACCGAGUCUGUCGCUGAGAAGAUGCUCACCAAUUGGUUCACGUUCUUACUGCACAAGUACCUGAAGGAGUGCGCCGGCGAGCCCCUCUUCAUGCUCUACUGCGCCAUCAAGCAGCAGAUGGAGAAGGGGCCGAUCGACGCCAUCACGGGCGAGGCGCGCUACUCGCUCAGCGAGGACAAGCUCAUCCGCCAGCAGAUUGACUACCGCACCCUCACGCUGAACUGCGUGACCCCGGAGAGCGAGAAGAACGUGGAGGUGAGCGUCAAGGUCCUCGACUGCGACACCAUCACGCAGGUCAAGGAGAAGCUGCUCGACGCCGUCCACAAGAACGUGCCCUACUCCCAGCGGCCCAAGGCCAUCGACCGCGACCUCGAGUGGCGACAGGGCCGCAUGGGGCGCGUGAUCCUGCAGGACGAGGACGUCACCACCAAGAUUGAGAACGACUGGAAGCAGCUCAACACGCUGGCGCACUACCAGGUGGCCGAUGCAUCCACGGUGGCGCUGGUGCCCAAGCAGACGGCAUCCUACAACGCCGCCAACUCGCUGCUCUCGCGCUCCGUCAACAAGUAUGAGAGCAUCAUGAGGCACCCGGGCAGCCCGGACUCGCUACGCUCGCGCACACCCAUGAUCACUCCCGACCUGGAGAGUGGCACCAAGCUGUGGCACCUCGUGAAGAACCACGACCACGCCGACCAGAAGGAGGGCGACCGCGGCAACAAGAUGGUGUCCGAGAUCUACCUCACGCGGCUGCUCGCCACCAAGGGCACGCUGCAGAAGUUUGUGGACGACCUGUUCGAGACGAUCUUCAGCACGGCGCACCGCGGCAGCGCCCUGCCCCUCGCCAUCAAGUACAUGUUCGACUUCCUGGACGAGCAGGCCGACCGGCACGCCAUCCACGACCCAGCCGUACGCCACACCUGGAAGAGCAACUGCCUGCCGCUGCGCUUCUGGGUGAACGUGAUCAAGAACCCGCAGUUCGUGUUCGACAUCCACAAGACGAGCAUCACGGACGCGUGCCUCUCCGUCGUGGCGCAGACCUUCAUGGACUCGUGCUCCACCUCGGAGCACCGGCUGGGCAAGGACUCGCCCUCCAACAAGCUCCUCUACGCCAAGGACAUCCCCAACUACAAGCACUGGGUGGAGAGGUGA